CUUUCCAACAUCAACCGCUGUCCAGAGAAGAGGCAGCAAUGACUGGCCAUCACUGGGGAUAUGGGGAGGACAACGCUGUUUUCAACUUCCUUGCUGUAUUAUUACAAAUUCCAUAAUUCCAAAAAUUGCUAUAAUGGCAUCAUCAUUUCAAGGGGUCCAUCAGAAUGGUACAAAGACUAUCCCAUUGCCGAGGGUAACCGCCAAUCACCUAUUGAUAUAGUCCCUGCAGAAGCUGUAUUUGAUGCCAGACUGUCUCCUAUCUCGCUGUCUUACAACAACUGUACCUCUGUCAGCAUAUCAAACAAUGGCCAUUCUGUGGUCGUGGAGUUCAUUGACUCAGAUGAGAGAUCAGUGAUCCGGGGAGGUCCUCUGGAAAACAUGUACAGGCUUAAACAGUUUCACUUCCACUGGGGAUGCAAGGGUUGCAGUGGCUCUGAGCAUACGGUUGGUGGGAAAACCUACGUUUCUGAGCUUCAUCUGGUUCAUUGGAAUGCCAUUAAGUACAAGUCCUUUGGUGAGGCAGCAGCAGCACCUGAUGGCCUGGCUGUCCUUGGCAUCUUUCUGGAAAUAGGUGAUAAGCACAGUGCUCUUCAUCAGAUAACAGAUUCCUUGUAUAUGGUUAAAUUCAAGGGAAGUGUUGCUGAUUUUAAGGGCUUUAACCCAAAGUGCCUCCUGCCGAACAGUCUGGAGUACUGGACAUACCCAGGCUCUCUCACAACUCCUCCACUGUAUGAGAGUGUUACAUGGAUUGUGCUGAAAGAACCUAUUUAUGUGUCAGAUAAGCAGAUGGGAAAGUUCCGGAUGCUGAUGUUUAAUGGAGAGGAAGAAGAGGACCGAAAGCGUAUGGAGAACAACUACCGACCACCACAGCCACUGAAAGGCAGGACAGUUCUGGCCUCUUUUAAGUAGCCUGGUUGUUUAUUGGUGACCUGAACUGCCUAGACCACCAAUUAUGAUCAACUAUAUUUCUAGAAUCACCUCAGAGAUUGAAGCAUGAAUAAUAAGGGUAUGGGGUUUGUUCAAUCAUGUCACUCUCUGUCUGUUGCUUAAAGGUUUUGGCCGAUGACCUCAAACACAGUU